AUGCGCGAAUGCGAAUGCUUGCAUGAGCCGACCGAUGGCGUGGCCGGUAUCGCCAACUUGAUAAUGGUCAUCGGCAUUUUGCCGGUGAUGGCCACAAUUGGAGUGUUUUUGAAUUUUCUGAACAUUGUUGUAUUCUCAUCGCAACGGAACACGGCCGCCAAAUAUCUUACGGCGUUAAGCUGUAGUGAUGUUGGUGUAUGUAUGGCCGGUGUGGUGGUGAUAUUCGCGGACUCGUUGAGAGCUCGAGCAUUUGUCGUCGAUCAGCUGUUUGUUUUCCUUCUACCAAAGCUGAUUCCGCUUGGAUUAUUUUUCCAGAUGCUCUCUGUUUACAUCACAGUGCUGGCGGCCUUCGAUUGUUACAUCUCCGUAUUA